UGAGUGACAACACGACAACACUCGGGUCGUACUCCGGCCGUCGGCGGCUAAACGAUUAGCUCGGCUGCGGCCAUCGUCCGCUCAGUGCUUGUGGGCUGUCCGGCUGGCAUUCAGACUGUUUGUGUUUAAAGGUAAAGGAAGAUGAGGCUGAAGGAGAUCCAGAGGACCGCCCAGCAGGCAUGGAGUCCAGCCGGACACCAUCCUAUCUGCUUGGCAUUAGGCACGUCGGCGCAGCAGCUUGACGCCUCGUUCAACACAACGGCGGCUCUAGAGAUAUUUGAACUGGAUUUUGCUGACCCCUCUUUAGACAUGAAACUGAGAGGGUCACUGUGCACCACCAACAGAUUACACAGUCUGGUGUGGGUUAACUUUGGGAUGGGUGAGGAUGCCACGGGAGGGAGACUGGUCGCAGGCAGCGAGAAUGGCACACUAACAGUUUAUAACCCAGAGGCGAUUGUGAACUCCGGAGCUGAAGCCAUAGUGGGACAGUGCGACAAGCACACAGGACCUGUGCGAGCACUUGACUUCAACCCUUUCCAGAGCAAUCUCCUUGCAUCUGGAGCGAAUGAUUCCGAGAUAUAUAUUUGGGAUCUCAACAACUUCAGCAGUCCGAUGACACCAGGAGCAAAAGCGCAGCCUGCGGAGGACAUCAGUGUGGUGUCGUGGAACCGGCAAGUGCAGCACAUCCUGGCCUCGGCCAACCCCAGCGGCAAAGCCGUCGUGUGGGACCUGAGAAAGAAUGAGCCCAUCAUCAAGAUCAGCGACCACAGCAACCGGAUGCACUGUUCCGGGAUGGUGUGGCACCCCGAGGUGGCCACUCAGUUGGUGCUGGCCUCCGAGGACGACCGCCUACCCAUCAUCCAGAUGUGGGACCUCCGCUUUGCCACGUCUCCUCUUAAAGUGCUUGAGAAUCACACGCGGGGGAUUUUGUCAGUCUCCUGGAGUCAGGCUGACUCUGAGCUCUUGCUGAGCAGCGCCAAGGACAACCGCAUCCUCUGCUGGAAUCCAAACACUGCAGAGGUCAUCUACGAGCUUCCCACGACAAACCAGUGGUGUUUCGACGUCCAGUGGUGUCCCAGGAAUCCUGCUCUGCUCUCGGCGGCCUCGUUUGAUGGCAAAAUCACAGUUUACUCCGUGAUGGGUGGAAGCUUAAAGGCUCAGCAGCAAAGUACUGCUGAUAAGAUAUCAUCCUCAUUUGAUACAAUGGAUCCCUUCGGUACAGGGCAGGUGCUCCCUCCCCUGCAGGUUCCUCAGCCUACAGUGCAGGACACCAUAGUUCCCCCUCUGAAGAAGCCACCCAAGUGGGUGCGCAGGCCAGUGGGAGCUUCCUUUGCCUUUGGCGGCAAGCUGAUCACGUUUGAGAAUCCCAAGAUGGCCCCCGUGCAGAGCCCCCAGCCCGUCCCCAUGCAGGUGUUUGUCAGCCAGGUCACCACGGAGACUGAGUUCCUGCAGCGCUCCAGGGAGCUGCAGGUGGCACUGCAGUCUGGUUCCUUCAACAGCUACUGCCAGGCCAAGAUCCAGAGCGCUAAGUCAGAGGCUGAGCAGGACAUAUGGAAGUUCCUUCUGGUGAAUUUUGAAGAUGAGGCACGCAUCAAAUUUCUGCGGCUUUUGGGUUUCAGCAAAGAUGAACUGGAGAAAAAGAUUUCUAAAUGCUUGGGGAAGACUUUUCAGCCCAAUGGACACGCCGUGGAUGCUGAGGACCUGGCUAAAAAGAUGCUGCAGCUCUCCACCGAGCGGUCUGAAGAAGCCGAUGGCGAAGUCAGGACAUCAGGCUCCGUUUCACCCGCUGACUUUUUCAGCCAGAAUAGGAACGAAAUCCCUAACUUUCAGAUCCCCGUUUCAUGCGAUACAGACGGUUUGAUAAGCCAGGCACUGCUGGUGGGUAACUUUGAGGGCGCAGUGGAUUUGUGCUUGAGCGACGGCCGCUACGCCGAAGCCAUCCUGCUGUCCAUCAGUGGUGGGGAGGAGCUGCUCAAGAAGACGCAGCAGAAGUACCUGAGCAAGCAGAAGAACAGCAUCUCCAUGCUUAUUUCGUCAGUGGUGACGCAGAACUGGAGAGACAUCGUGCAAAGCUGUGAGCUGGACAACUGGAAGGAGGCGCUCGCCGCUCUCCUUACCUACGCUCACCCCGAAGAAUUUGCCCAGCUGUGCGAUAUCCUGGGAGGCCGCUUGGAGCGAGGAGGGCUGGAGAAACGCUGCCUGCAGGCGUGCUUGUGUUACAUCUGCUCCGGAAACAUUGAGAGACUUGUGGAGUGUUGGGCCUUGCACAGGGACUGCUCAUCUCCUCUCGGCCUGGAGGAUCUGGUGGAGAAAGUCAUGAUGCUGCGCAAGUCCAUCGAACGCCUCCGCAACAGCGAGGUGGCGGUGCAGAGCCCCGUCUUGGCAGAGAAGCUGACGUGCUACGCCGGCAUCCUGGCUGCAGAGGGCAGCCUGGCCACUGCCAUGGCCUACCUGCCUGACAAUUCCAAUCAACCUGGACUCACCAUGCUGAGAAACAGACUGUUCCAUGCUCAGGGAGAGGCUGCCAGCCCACAGCAGCCUCCAAGCACAGCCAAGCCCAUUGCUGCAUCUCACACUCCUACACAGAAAGCACAAAUCAUGGAUCAGUACCAGGCCCCUCCUGCCGCUCAUCACCAGCACCAGCAGCGGCAGCCUCCCAUGCCGACAUCAGCUCUAUUUCAGCCUCAAGUUGCUCCUAGUAGUUCUGGCCCAGGCUUGCCCCCUUCAUCUCAUGGGCUGCCGCCCCCAACCAUGAGGCCUCCGUACCCGCAGCAUCCAACUCCAGGUUUUGUUCCUCAUCAGCCAUUCCAGCCAUCCCCCAUGAGUGGACCCUCAGCCUUCUCUCCUCCAGGCCCCACUAUGCCAGCCGCUAACUUGUCAGGACCUCCGCUGCAACACUCGUCGUCGGCCCAAGGGGGCCUCCCCCCAAUGCCCAGCCCCGGUAUUCCACCGACGAGCUUCAUGCCAUCUACCUCCUUGUCAUCAGGCCCCAUGCCAUCUAGCUCCCAGCCCGGAGCCCCCGUCCCCAUAUACCCUGGAGGGCUCCACAGUCAGGGGCCUCGGCUCCCCAUGGCAACUGGCCCCUAUGCCCCGCUUGGAUCAGGUUAUCCACAAGGGGGCCCAGGAGCUCCUGCUGCAAAGCCCUUUGCGGCUUCAGCUGUUGCUCCUCCUCCCGCAGGAUUCUUUCCUUGGCUGAAUACCCAGUCUGACCCUCAAGUGUCCCAAGAAGGCUGGAAUGAUCCACCAGCGGUACGAAGUGGACCCAGAAAGAAGAAGGUUCCUGAUAACUACACUCCACCCGCCCCCAUCACCGCACCUGUGAUGGGUUUCCCAGUGGAGGCCCCUCAGCAGCAUAACAACACCCAGGUGCCCCCGGGAGCCCCCCAGGAGCCCAACAUGCAGCUCCUCCAGCAGCUCCCGGCAGAGCGGGUGGAGCAGAAGGAGAUCCCCGCCGAGCACAUGGUGCUCAAAUCCACCUUCGACAGCCUAGUGCAGCGCUGCCAGCUCGCAGCAGGAGACCCGCAAACCAAAAGGAAGCUCGAUGACGCAGCCAAGCGUUUGGGAUGCCUGUAUGACAAGCUGAGGGAGCAGUCGCUCUCGCCCAACAUACUGAAUGGCCUGCACGAGAUCGGCCGCUGCGUGGCCAGCCAGCACUACCAGCGCGGCCUGGAGGUCCACACCCUGGUGGUGAGCAGCAGCAACUUCAGUGAGAUCUCUGCCUUCAUGCCCAUCCUCAAAGUAGUCAUGACCAUCGCCAACAAACUGGGCGUUUGAGUCACACGCCCACGCCUCAGUGUUAAAACAAACAAAACAAAAAAAAAAAAAUCAUAUUUAUUUCCUUUUCUUGCGUGAGCGGAUGAUGAUCUUCGUCGCAUCAAGAGAUGGGUUAGAUGAAUGUAUCCUGAAACUUGUGGCAAACAAACGAUGUACAAAGC